AUGGAUGCUCUUACGUCUGCCUCCAAGAGCGCCGCGAGCAUCGCAGAGCACCUGCGCGCCUCUGGCUGGCGAGAGACCCGCGAAAAGACGCCUCAUGUCGAUGAGACCACAUUCUGCACCUGCCGCGCGCCCGAAGAUAAAUUCGAGAUCGAAGAAGUCAUCCAAUGUAUGAACCGUGGCUGCRAGAUUGAGUACUUCCAUCUCACGUGUAUGGCGCUUCCAGAUCAUCCACCCAGAGGUAUUGGGUGGAACUGUCCCACGUGUCGCGCUGACCGUGGCGACGAUGCCAGCAGCCAGACUGGCUUGUUCGAUCAGAGACACUUCGCAGAGGAAGGCGGUUGGAGAGCGUGGAUGGAAGCAGAGGGCUGCAAGGUUCCGGGCCCGAAGCCGAAGAAACGCAACGUGGAGAAAAAGAAGACGAUGAAGGCGAAGAAGACGACGAAGGUUGUUCCAAUAGUCGCGAGGAAGAAGCCGGCAAGCGAGAGCACAGAAAGUGACAAGCUGUCACCUUCCGAGUCACCGACGAACUCGUCCCCGACAGAGGAGUCAGCAACGGAAGUGUCACCUACCUUGAAGCGGAAGAGAAAUGUCGAGGUGGAUGAUUCGUCGUCGGGGGAGACUGUGGACGUCGUUGCGGAGGUGCCUGCUCAGGCAGGGAGCUCUUCGACAUCUGAGCUGACAGAGUUUGAAGAGGAAGACAAAUUACAGCGGAGCCUGAUGUCGCUACCAUCUGCUGGACUUACUGGCUGUUUGGUUACGGAACGACCUUGA